AUGUAUACCCAAUCACCUUUUACACCUGCUCAGAUUGAAGAGAAGCUUCAACAAGCUAUAGUUGCACUUCAAUUAAAAGAAUUUAAAUCAAUUAGAAAGGUUGCAGAGCAUUUUGAAGUCCCUAAGUCCACUCUAGCCGAUAGGCUGGCUGGGAAGAAAACACGUUCCCAAACCUACGAAAUGGCUCAAAUUCUUUCAAACGCAGAAGAAAAUACUCUUGUACAAUGGAUUCCACAACUCACGAUCACUGGAUUCCCUGCUACACCUAUAUUGAUGAAGGAAAUAGCCGACGAAAUUCGUCUUCGAUGUAUUCAGAUUGCAUCAUCUCGAAUUCCUACCUCAAUAGAAAUUCCAUCUAUAAACCACAAAUGGAUCUAUAGAUUCCAAAAACAAUAUCCAGAACUUAAAAUAUGCUAUUUAUAUCAAUUAGAAUCUAAUCGAGCUAAAAAGGUAACUCUGAAGAAUAUUCAGGCUUGGUUUGAUAUGUUUCAAUCCAAGAAAGUGUCAGAUGACCGACCUCGACUUUUGAUUAUGGAUGGCUAUUCAAGUUAUAUUACAGGCAGCUUUAUUGCUUUCUGUAUAGAGAAGGAUAUCGAUUUACUUAUAUUAUCUUCUCAUUGCUUCCACUUGCUUCAAUCACUUGAUAUUGCAAUGUAUGGGCCAAUGAAACGAUAUCAUGCUUUAAAGGUCGAUCGAUAUUCUCGAAUUGGUGUAAAGCGAAUUCAAAGAGCUGAAUGGCUCGCUGAUGCUCAGGAAGUAAUUGAGACUCGAAAAAAGAGAAUUAAAGGCAAAAGAGUCAAAUUACAAGGUCAAUUUGUCUUUAGUACUAAGGAAAUAUUGAAAAUAGUACAUGAAGCGAAGGAAAAACCUAAGGAGAAAAAGCUACGAGGACGACCACGCAAGCGCCCAAUUGAAGAAUCAGAAGAAGAGAUUGAAGAAGAAGAGCUAGAGAAUAGUUCAAAUGAUUCAGAAUUGGAAUUGGAGGAUUGUGAUCACUGGUGA